AUGAUUGCAAAGGAUAAGAACAGCCAAACGGAAACAACGAAAAUCGCAAUUUUUCUAUGGUUGGUUGGAACAAAGGGUGCCAACAUUUACAACACAUUGUUCCCAAAUGAUGGAUCGCAAGACGCAUUGCUUGGUACGGUUAAAACAACUGUGAUUGUAACAGCGGCAACGUCGACGACAGCGGCAGUAACAAGGCAAGAUGUCACGCAGCGAACAUUGGAUGAUGUUUUGAAGGCAUUUGAUGCACAUUGCCUGCCACAGAAGAAUGUGACAAUGGAAUCAUACAAAUUCAAUAAUAUGAUUCAAAAGGAGCGGCAACCGUUUAAUGAAUUUUUGACGGAAAUUCGUGCUCAAAUCGAUCGAUGUGACUACGAUUGCGAUUGUGGACUGUCGUACAAAAAUCGCAUGUUACGUGAUCGCAUAAUUACUGGGGUUUACGAUAAAAAACUUCAGUUAAAGCUGCUCGACGGGCGUGAAGAAGCAGUUGACCGGGUGAUCGAUACUUGUAAAACAUUCGAAGCCGCAAAUGUCAACAAGGGUAUUCUGCAAUCGAAACAAUCAGUUGCAGCAAUUGCAUUGUCGGAAAACAUGGACACCGAUCAAGUGAACGCAAUUAACGUUGACAAGAAGCGUAGCUGUUUCAACUGUGGUGGCGAAUGGAAUCGUGAACAUAAGAGCAAAUGUCCGGCCAGGAAUUACACGUGCCCAUGCGGAAAAAAAGGACAUUUUCGUCAAAUGUGUCGAAAGAAUGGAAAGAAACAAACAUCAGAAGCGGGUGCAUCGCAGUCGAAACCGAAGGAAAAGUCACGAAUUGACAAUGUGCGAUGGAAUGAUGAAUCUUCAGAAGGUAAUUCAGCGAUAAAGCUUCGAAAAUUGGAAGAAAUUCUUAGUCGUAAAAAUUAUGUUUUUAGAUUAAAUUCAUUUGGAUCGAAGAGAAAACGAUGGACUAAGGCAUACCGAAUAGGGAAUAAACUAGUUAAAUUCAAAGUCGAUACAGGAGCGGAUGUCAAUUGUAUUCCUUUGAGAAUCAUCAAGAAAAUGAAAAUCAAAAUCAAACAUGAACAGAAUGACUUUCCUGUAUUCGAUUAUAGUAACAAUAAAAUUAAAAUCUAUGGUAUAGCUGAAAUUAAAAUGUGGGAUUUUAAAUUAAAUAUUGAACGAAUUACUGAAUUCAUUGUUGUUGACGACACAUUUGAACCGAUACUUGGACUUGAAACAUGCAUUGAAUUUGGAUUGAUUGAGGCGGUGAAUAUUGAUUCGAUCAAGUGUUCAAACGCAGAAGAAAGUUUUGUAAGCGAAAAUAAUGAUGUUUUCACCGGACUUGGAAAAAUUCCCGGAAAAGUAACAAUACAUUUAAGGGAUGAUGCAACACCGGUUGUGCACUACAGAAAACGUUUUCCGGACGUUAUAGUUAAAAAGUUAAAACCAAAACUUGAUGAAAUGGUUGAAUGUGGAAUCAUUUCACCGGUGUUUCACCCAACGGAUUGGGUAAAUAACUUGCAAGUUAUUGAAAAAUCAAACGGUGAUUUACGCAUUUGUUUGGAUCCCAAACCACUCAAUAAGUGCCUAAAGCGAGAGCAUUAUUUAAUUCCAACUCUUGAUGAUUUGAUAACCGAUUUGAUUAACAAAAAAAUAUUCACGGUAUUAGAUUGCUCAAAUGGGUUUUGGCAAUUGGAAGUUGAUGAGAAAAGUUCGGAAUUGACAACAUUUAUGACACCUUUUGGUCGAUACAAAUUUAAUAGACUUGCACAGGGCUUAAAUAUUUCACCGGAAAUUUUCCAAAGGCGCAUGGUACAGAUAUUUGGUGACAUACCUGGUGUAUUUGUGUACUUUGACGAUAUUGGAAUAGUGGCGUCUGAUGAAGAGGAACAUGAUAAAAUACUAGCAAUUGUUCUUGGGCGUGCACGCUUGAACAACGUCAAGUUUAACUCGGCUAAAAUUCAAUAUCGCAAAUCGGAAGUAAAAUUCAUGGGUCAUAUUCUUUCGGAUGGUAAAAUUAGACCAUCAAAGAAGCAUAUUGAGGCAAUAUUAAAAAUGAAAAGUCCAACCGAUAAACACGGUGUAUCGCGUUUAAUGGGUUUAUUCAAGUGGUUGGCAAAAUUUAUCCCAAAUCUUUCCAAAUUUACAGCGGAAUUGCGUUUAUUAUCGGGAAAAAACAUUCCAUUUGAAUGGAAUGAGAAACAUGAAGCUGAAUUUGAUCAUUUAAAGAAGAUUAUCACAUCGGAUCCAGUUCUAAAGCCAUUCGACCCAGAAAAACCUAUCGUCAUUCAAACGGACGCAUCAAAAGAUGGAUUGGGUUCGGGUUUGGUUCAAGAAGAACAUCCAGUUGCUUUUGCAUCCAGAACUCUUAGUAAAUCUGAACAGAGAUGGGCACAAAUUGAAAAAGAGCUUUUGGCCGUGGUAUUUGCUUGUGAACGUUUCAAAAAUCUCAUUCAUGGACAUAGGUUCAUUGUGGAAAGUGAUCACAAACCACUUGAAACAUUGGAUUUGCGUGAUAUUGAUAGUGUUACGCCAAGAUUACAGCGCAU